AUGAUUUUGCGGUAUCCAGGUCGCCUGGUGCGACGCCUUAACGGGCAGGUCAGCUUUGGUCGCUUGGCACCUUGGACUGGCCCGCGGGCCCGUCAUUGGGGGCCAAGCAGUGCUACAAGCAGGCUGCGCUUUUCAACACAGAGCAGCAAAAGGAGAGGGGUCCAGCCGGCAUCUGGCUUCUGCCCAGCCGGCCAACAAGGCCCCAACUUCUCUGCAGAGCCCACCCUGCUGGCCAAGAUGGGAGAGUCGGCUGCCACGACUUUUGCAUCCAUACUAGUGCUGGGCCUUGGCUUUGCGGCUGCCGGUUACAUCUAUCACAAGAGCUACAAGAUGAUUGUGCUCUCCAAGAUGAACAAUGCUUUUGAGCCUGGUGAUCCCGUCCUCGAACUGGCCGCCAUUGGCAAGGAUGUCCCUCAUAAGCCUGGUGGUAACAGUGAGCACUGGAUACCCCGUCCAGAGCAGGAGCGUAUUGACGAUAUUGUCAUGGGACGCAACGUUGGACACUAUCAUCUUUUGAUUGGUGAUAAGGGCUCUGGCAAAAGCAGCAUGUUGAUUGACGCAAUGCGCAAAAAUGAUGGCGACGGUGUGGCCAUGUUUGAAGCACAUGCCGACCUCGAAAUUUUCAGGAUCCGUCUCGGUAAGGCUCUCGACUAUGAAUACCAUGAGGACUAUAUCGGAGGUUAUUUCAGCGAGAGGGGUCCACGUGAAUCCACGGCCUUGCUUGACAUUGAACGCGCCCUCAACAAGUUGGAAAAGGUUGCCAUGCAUAAGCGACGAGAAAGGGGCAAGCCACUAGUCGUCAUUGUUAACCAGAUGCACCUCCUUCGCAACGAUGAAGAUGGACGAGACCUUAUUGAACUCCUGCAACAGCGGGCUGAGCAAUGGGCUGCUGCUAACCUGGUCACGAUGGUCUUUAACUCUGACGACUACUGGAUCUACGAGCGUCUGAAGCAGCUGGCCACCAGGAUGGAGGUCCUGCCUGUCACUGACCUGCCCAAGAAGCAAGCUAUCUCGGCCCUCCAGAGGUAUCGUCAAAGAUAUUUCAGGGAGAAUCUUGACAGUGCGUUACUUGAGGAGAUCUAUGACAGGGUUGGUGGUCGCCUGAGCUUCUUGAACCGGGUGGCCAAGAGCAGAGAUAUGCUCGGGACAUGCGAGAAGAUCAAGGACAUUGAGAAGAGAUGGUUCCUCAAUCAAUGCUGGAUCCUCGGUCCUGAGAUGGAUGACGAUGUUAUGGAUCAGCAAAAGUGGGCGGCUGCUGCUAUGUGCCUGGCUAAAGCUCUGGUCGACAAGGAAGAGGAGAUGGCACAAACUUACGACCCCGAUGUCGGUCACAUCCUUCCUACAUAUCCCUUCCAUAUUGCUCAGCAGAUCAUGACGAGAUGCGACUUUAUCCGAGAGCUUGACAGCUUGAACCUGUUCAGCAUCACCAGCCAGGCAGAUGUGCGUGCGAGCAGCGUUCCGAUGCACCGAGCUUUCAAGGAGAUUUGUGCCGAACCCAACUUCGAGAAGCAUCUGGAGGGUACAAUCCAGAGAAUUGCCGACAUUGAGAGUUUGGGCCGAACUCGCGAGCUGGUGGCCAAGGACCUGGUGCUUGGUGGCCAAGAAGUCAAGACUAAUGACGUUGUUCCUUUGUAUUUGGAUGGAUGGUUUGGGAAAAGCCGGGUCUCUCUGGAAACGGCUGUGAGAGAAGAGACAUCGACGCCGAGAAGCUCAUCGAUGUCGUCCAACGGCGCUGGCAAUAGCAAGUGGCCUGAUUUCCGGCUUGCUUCGACCCUCUGGUCCCUUAUGGGCUCACCAUCCAACGGGCCAGAUAAGCAAACUCCCACCGACCGUGCCGAGAAUCACGACCACGACGGCGAGCAGCACCAAGAGAAGAACCCAGACGUCGACCGCGACGGCGAGCUGCAACAGUCAUAUACCCCCGCCCAAGCGAUGAUGGAUUCCGGAGGGCAGGCAAUUGACGGCCUGGGUGGCUUCGAUGGCUUCGAGCACGACCCCCAGGUCGACACAGAGGAAGGCGCGCAAGAAGACGACUUUGGCGCGCUCGAGAUGUUCGACAGCAACGCUGCACAAGCUCCCUACUCCUCGCAAGUGAACGACGCGUCUUUUGACAACCGGGCCCCCGAGGCGAUCAUGGAUGAUGACGCACCUUCAUCCCAGAACCGAAAAUCCAAACGCGACAAGAAGGAUCGCAAGAAGAAGGGAAUCACCACCGACAGUGCAUCUCCCCAGAUCACGACCGAGGAAGAAUCUUCACGCAAGCCCCGAAAGUCCAAGAGAAAGGCUGCCUCACCAGUCGAGAUCCCCGACAGCCUCGGCGAAAACAAUGCAUCAGCUGCCGACCAGGCCCAGCUCCAGGAAGCCGCAGCUGUUGAUCUAAACGAAGAAAACGCCGUCCCUGCUACACAGCCAAAGCGCAAACGCAAGGCCUCUGAUUCCACCGAUGGAAAGCAACGCAAGAAGCGGAAGCCCCAUGAUGACGAGGCCGAGUCCCAAGACGUCGUACAGGGAACACAGGAAGGUGAGGAUCCUGUGCCAGCUGAACAACUCAACGGCCGCGACACUGGGGCCGCCUCAUUUCUACACACCAGAAACGCGACUCGCGCGGAUGCAAUCUAUGAUGAUAUUGCAGACGAUGCUCCCAAUUCGCCCAGCAAUGCUCGCCUACAGCUCCGUGAAGCUCGUUCAAGAGAGGGUAGUGCCCCCGUCAACGCACAGGACGAGAUGGAUGUCGAUGCUCCCAUCUCUCAGCAAAACCCUGGCGAUGCCACCGAUCGAGAUCUAGGCACCGAUUCGUUUGCACUCAACGGCUCCGCCAACGCUGCUGAUAAUGAUGUCGAGAACCUGGCCAGAGAAGCAUGGAAUGAGCAUGUCAACGGACAAACCCACUCUGAAAGCCAAGACCCCUAUACCCAGCCAGAUAUGGAGAUCCCAACUUCAGCUCAACGCCCCCAGGCUCACGAUGUCUACGACGUUCCUGGCAGUCCCAUCCAGACCCCCCAUCCGCCCAGCACCGCCCCCAAGAGAACGCGGUCUGCGGCCAAGGGUUCCGCGAAGAAGGCUAAGCCCACAUACUUUGAAAAGUCCCCAUCUCCAGAAGUACAGCAAGAUGGAAUUGCCCCCCUGCCAUCACCUUCUGCCAUGACACCCAAGCCUCGAGGUCGAGCCAAGAAGGCCACGAGACGUAGAAAGGUCGAGCCCCAGUCAUCCCAGCCCAUGCCAGAUGAGGAUGAGGAGGGUGAAGAGAGCAGUCAAGCGCGUCGUAACCGAAUGAACGGCUUCACCCAGGGUCGUUUCAGCGACCAAGAGCUCGGCCGUAUCGCACAAGCAGUUGAGAGCUACCGGGUAGAACACGACAUGCAGCAGUACCAGCUCAACGAGAUGAUCCACGCCCCUGGAGGCACAACUGCCGGUGAUGAGCAUGCUGCCCUCUGGGUGCGCAUCUUUGAGACUUGCCCAGACCGACACCGACAGAAGAUCAUCAACAUUACUCGCAAGAAAUUCCACAACUUUGUUGCUCGUGGUACCUGGACUGUUGAGCAGGACACUGAACUUCGCGACCUGAUUGAGAUCCAUGGCACAAAGUGGUCCAAGAUUGCUGCCAUCAUCAACCGUCACCCCGAAGAUCUUCGAGAUCGCUACCGCAACUACAUUGUUUGUGGAGACGCCCAGCGAAAGGACGCCUGGGACGAGAGGGAGGAGGGUAACCUCACACAGUAUGUGAUGGAAGCUAUGGGCGCCAUUGACGAGUUGCGACGCAUUCAACCAUCCCGUGAGCUGCUUAAGAAGCCUUACGAGGAGCUCAUCGAUUGGCAAAACAUCAGUGAGCGUAUGAUGAGAACACGAAGCCGACUCCAAUGCAUCACCAAGUGGAAGGCCAUGAACAUCAAGACCCAUGGUAAGGACAAACUGGUAUCCACCCAGCCUGAUGCUCCCAUCACGUUCCGUCUGGAGAAGGCCCGCCGACAGAUCCAAUCGAUGCCCGAGGAGGAACGUUACCGCAUGAUCAUGGCGAUCCAAAGCUCACCCGCCAUGGAGGAAGCAAAGAUUCCCUGGCAGCGGUUGGUCGACAAGCGAUUCCGCAACAGCUGGCAUCGUCCUACCCAGAUGCUUCUGUGGCGACGCCUCAAGCAGACUGUGCCCAACUGGCAAGAGAAGAGCGUGCGAGACUGCGCCCAGUUUCUCACAGAUCUCUACAACCAGACCGGCCAACUUCCCAACGUCGAUGAUGACCAUUUUGACGACGGUGAUGAGAUGGUGUUUUUGGACACUAUUCCUAAGGCCACCGUCCCCGGCUCACAACACGCGAAGCACAAUCACGACCCCGUUAGUGACGCUUUCAUUCGCGAGGAGGGAGACGUUGAGGCCCAGUUGGGCGAAUACCCCAUCCCCGAGGAGAAUAUUCAGCCCGACCUGCCGAUCGAGCCAAUGGAUCAUGUCGAAUCUUCUGUGCCCAUGGCCAUGAUGGAGCCGGCAGCUCCUGUUGCCCCUGUUGCGCCCAUCGAAUCUCCCGACAUUGACAUGGUCGAUCCAGCUCUUGCCAUGGAGCAGAUGGAAACGGUUGAGACUGCUCAACCCGUGGAGAUUACAGAGGCUGCUCAGCCUGAAGAGACACCCCAGCCUGAGGAGACUGUCCAACCCGAGGAGCCCACUGAGACCGUCGAUUAUGUCGAGCCCGCUCCUCCCAAGGCAACUCGCACCGCGAAGAGGACAGGAAUGGGCAGGGCAAAGGCACCAAAGGCCCCCAAGGCCACUCGCAAGUCGACAGUCAAGUCCACCCCUUCCAAGCCUACUCCCGCCAAGCGAAGCUCCCGACGUCACACAGCUGCCUACCAGGACCCCACUGAGACUACUGAGGCGCAAGCUGCCGAGACACAAGAGGUUGAACAGCCGCGGCUGCGUAAGAGAAGGGUCCUCUCCAGGUUCCGCUCUAUCAAUGCCGUCGAAGAGGUUGACCCCAACGAUUCAGACAGCGUGAUGGAUGAUAUGGAGGACCUUCCUGCUCGUAUCGCUGCCUAA